GGACACCGAGGGCGGCCUUUGUCGCUGUCAACAAUAGUCCCCAGGCCUUCUAGGCCAGAGCGCCCCGGGACCCACAGGCAGACAUGGAGAGCCUGCAGCGGGAGGCUGCCCGGCCCUACGUCCCCCGGGGGACCCUGGAAAUGGACUUCCCGGCCCCUCUCUACAGCGAUGACUACCUGUCCCUGGAGGGGCCCCGCUGGGCGCCGGCCAUCAAGCAGGCCACACGCUGGAAGUACACGCCCAUGGGACGCGACGCGGCCGGCCAGCUAUGGUACACUGGCCUGACCAACUCGGACCCCCGCGAAGCCUGGUACAUGCUCCCGCGGGCCCUGGAGAGCCCCUAUCGUGAGGCUUACGCCCGCUGGUACGGAUGCUACAGCCACCGGGAGCGGAGCAUGCCCUCGGCCUACACCCAGCACCUCCGCGAGGCUGCCUGGCACGACCCCGUCGUUCCCGCGCAGCACGAAGCCCCCAGCCCGCAGUGGGGGAGCACGCUGUGGGCAGACAGAGCCGUCCGGGGCCAGGAAUACGUGGUCAACAGGCACCAGCACGGGGUGGAGCCACCGAGGCGGGUGUCCGACUACGUGCCGUCCCUGUCGGCGCCCCAGCGCCCGCGCUGCACCCGCCAGCCCCACCGCCACUGGGACCUGCAGCCCUACUGUCCCUCCACCGGCCGGCCACCCACUGAUACAGACCCGCGGUGA